GAGAAAGCUUGCUCUAUGCUCUAUGCUUGUUAGUGUGACGGACCGUGAUACCAUCUCUGUACGCUAUAUAGGACGGCUUGUAAUCGUUAACGAAAAUUUUUUACACCUGAAUUGGAGUUCUGGGUGAUUCGCCAAGUUAUGCGUAAAAAAGCGCACCACUCGUCGUGACGCGGCGUCACCGUUUCGGAUGUACUACUCUUCCUGUAAAUCUAAUUUAGUUAGGACAGCUUUUUCCCAAUGAGGAUUAUAAAUAUCAUGAGGACUUUGUGGGUAUUUGUAUUGUGCUUCCUUGAUUUAUCAGGGGCUGUGAUCGAUUUGACAAUGAUCUCCACAGCAGAGGUCACCAAUGUCAAUCACUUCAGCAUCUCUUGUAUCAAUGGAGAGCGCAGCCCGGCCCAGGUUGAGCUGGACAUCAAGAGAGACAACAAAAUCCUCAUAUUCCCCAGGAAACCAAAUUUUAAAGUGCAUAAGCCCAGGAACAAGGAGGCGGUAGCCAGAGACUUCCGCGAUCUCGAUCACAUUGGUAUCUUCUACUGUGAAUCCACUCAGGAAGUUCCUCCACUUGAGAUGGUUACAAUGAUCAACAAUUUUAGGAGAGCAAAUGUUGUUCCGACUCACCUUACACUGACUGCUAACAAAGGAGAAACAGUUCACCUCAGCAUGCAGCUACUCAGCUAUCAAAAGAGAGAUGUAACCUGGAAGUACAACGGAAACUACUUUUCUAUGACUCACUCGGACGAUAUGAUCAAUCACACUGCUGUACUGACAGUGGAGAAUGCAGCUUUUGCCAAUCAAGGCAUCUACAGUGCCAGCUAUAUGGGGGACAGUCCCCUUCAGGGCGCCUGGAUGAGGCUCAUUGUCAGAGACUGUCCCACUAAGAAGUGGGGUCCUUACUGUGACAAGGACUGUCCAGAGUGUCUCAACGGCGGGAUGUGUCAUGAUGUCGACGGAGACUGUAUAUGCCCUCCAGGAUUCAUGGGAACGCGUUGUGAGACAGCCUGCAGAGAAGGAAUGUUUGGCCGAAACUGCCAGGAGUCAUGUGGCUCUGACCUGAACUGCAAGGGGCUUCGCUUCUGCCUACCCGACCCUUACGGCUGCUCCUGCGCCAGCGGUUGGUUUGGGAAACGCUGUGAGGAGGUGUGCCAUAAUGACAUGUAUGGGCCAGACUGCAUUUUCAGCUGUAAAUGCCAGAAUGGAGGAGUUUGCAGCCGUUUUAGUGGAUGCCAGUGUCCCACAGGGUGGCGAGGACAGAAUUGUGAGAAGUCCGACCGGGCUCCCCAGAUCUUGGAUGUGGAUAGUAAUUUGGAGUGGAAUUUGAACUCCAGCCCCAAGAUCUCUUGUUCAGCCACUGGCAACCCCCUGCCCAGCCACAACAGCAUUGAGCUGCGAAAGUUGGACAGCACUGUGCUUAAGGCCACUCUCACUACAAUGGACUCAAAUAAGAGUACAGCCACAUUUGAGAUCCCUCGUCUGACUGCUCUGCAAGGAGGCUUGUGGGAGUGCAGGGUGUCCACCAAUGGAGGCCAGGACUCCCGCAAGUUCAACCUCACCAUUAAAGAGCCCCCUGUGCCCACUACUGCUCCCAAACUGCUGGAAAAAAGGAGUAAGCAGCUGCUGGUUAUGCCGGUGGACUCCCACAGAGGAGACGGCCCCAUUGUCUCCACCAGGCUCCUCUACAAGCCUGUGGAUAACGGAGACUCUUGGUCCUCCAUCAUAGUUUAUAGUGAAAAAGAGCCCAUCACGCUGAUGAACCUGGAGCCUUCAACACGCUACCGUGUCCGUGUCCAGCUGAGUCGUCCUGGGGAAGGAGGAGAGGGGGCCCCGGGGCCAGAGGCCAUCAUGGAGACUGAUUGUCCUGAGCCCACAGUUCAACCUGAGAUUGACAUCAGCUCGGUGGAAGGCCGCAAUGCCACUAUACGCUGGCAACUGCCUGCCAACAAUCGCAUUAAUGCUGGCACAGCCACUGGCUUUUUAGUACAGCUCUUCGGGCCACCACCCUACAGGGAGAAACUACUGGAGGAGACCACCCUGCUCAAUGUGCUUUCCACAAAGUUCCACAACCUGGAGUACCAGCAAGACUACACCGUGGCGGUGCGCCUCAUCAGCUGUGGCAGCCAGGGGCCGCCCUCUAAACCCUACCACUUCCGCAUCAACAGCCAGGGUCCAUCAUCCCCACGCAACGUCCAGGCCCUGCCUUUGUCCAUAUCAGCCAUCCAGGUGAGGUGGCAGCCCCCUGAAGAUCCCAAUGGAGGCAUCAUUAAAUACAUCAUAGAGUACCAGCCAGUUGGCCAGGGGAGCCCCCACCCUUGGGUGGACACAGAUGAUGGAAACAAGACCACCAAAGAUGUGACAGCACUCAAUGGCAGCACGCUGUACCAGUUCAGAGUGAGGGCUUUCUCCAAAGUGCCAGGAGAGUGGAGCAAGUUUGCUCAGGCGAUGACACAAGGGGAUGGCCUUCAGAGUCUAACUCCGACCACCCAGGGUGUGGCUGGGCGGCCUGCUGGGGACAGUUACCAACUGUUGGUGGCGGUGGUGGGCUCGGUAACGGUCACCUGUGUGACUAUCCUGCUGGCGCUGUUGGUUCUUUUCUUCAUCCGCAAGACACUGCUCAACCGGCGGCGCACGUUCACCUACCAGUCUGGAUCGGGUGAGGAAACUAUUCUGCAGUUUAACUCAGGGACUCUGACCCUGACACGGAGGCCCAAACCAUCUCCAGAGCCCCUCACCUAUCCAAUCCUGGAGUGGGAGGACAUAAAGUUUGAAGAUGUCAUUGGAGAGGGCAACUUUGGACAGGUAAUCAAAGCCAUGAUCAAGAAAGAUGGCAGCAAAAUGAGCGCAGCCAUCAAGAUGCUGAAAGAGUUUGCCUCAGAGAAUGACCACAGAGACUUUGCAGGGGAGCUGGAGGUGCUGUGUAAACUAGGCCAGCAUCCUAACAUAAUCAACUUGAUAGGAGCCUGUGAGAACAGAGGUUACCUGUACAUAGCUAUCGAAUACGCUCCCUAUGGUAACCUUCUCGACUUCCUGAGGAAGAGUAGAGUCUUGGAGACCGAUCCUGCUUUUGCCAAGGAACAUGGCACUGCUUCCACCCUCACCUCCCAGCAGCUGCUGCAGUUUGCUGUAGACGUGGCAACAGGGAUGCACUACCUAAGUGACAAACAGUUCAUCCACAGGGAUUUGGCAGCCAGGAAUGUCCUUGUUGGGGAUAACCUUGUGGCAAAGAUAGCAGACUUUGGCCUGUCCCGCGGUGAGGAAGUUUAUGUUAAGAAGACAAUGGGGAGGCUGCCUGUACGCUGGAUGGCCAUUGAGUCCCUGAACUACAGUGUGUAUACGACCAAGAGUGAUGUGUGGUCUUUUGGUGUUCUUCUCUGGGAAAUUGUAAGCUUAGGUGGCACACCAUAUUGUGGGAUGACAUGUGCUGAGCUUUAUGAAAAACUGCCACAAGGCUACAGGAUGGAGAAACCCAAAAACUGUGACGAUGAGGUUUAUGAGCUGAUGAAGCAGUGCUGGAGGGAUCGGCCCUAUGAGAGACCCCCCUUCUCCCAAAUCUCUGUCCAGCUCAACAGGAUGCAGGAGGCAAGGAAGGCUUAUGUGAACAUGGCUCUCUUUGAGAACUUCACCUACGCUGGGAUAGACGCCACAGCCGAGGAGGCCUGACUACCAGUCCCCCCAGACCCUAGCAUGCCACAUAGCCCCAUGAGGAAGUCCCGAGGAUGGUCGCCACGUUACUGCCACCUUCCUGCCUCUCAACGCCGAGACAGGAGGACCAGGCGCUCUACCAAAGCCACCCAGCUAUAGAUGGAGAACUGUGAAAGGACACUGUGUGGAGGUAUCAGAGACGUUAAGAGAUGUGGAGUAUUGCUGGGCCUUGGAUGGAGAAAUGUGAUUGCCACUGACUGGGAAAUAUUGAGCCCCUAUCGCUACAAAACACUCCCAUGAAAACAACACAACAUUGUACCUAUUGCUCCUACAAAAGUUACAAUGCUGGACUCUUUUCUCUGAGUGUUGAGGAGAAGUGGCAAAUAAGGAGCUAUGUGACUUGCUGAAACACCACAGGGUCUGUGGGGUGUCAACGCUGGACUUAAUUUUCUCUCCAUUACUCUUUAUGGAGAAGGAAAUAUUUUCAUUAAGAUGAAAUUUAAAGGACACAGUGUGGAUCAUAAACAUUCAAGCUCUCAGACUUAAAAAAGGAUGAAAGACACAUACAAUGUAGCACUUAAAACCAGCCUCAUUCAUGCCAUCUGUGUCUUUUACUGUUUGCCUAUCACUGCCAUGUGAAUGUAACUAUUGUAUGUAUUUGUCUCUUUUUAAAGGUCAAGUAGAUAUAUCAAAGACUUCUAUUCGAAUGUAGUUACAGACCGAUAUAAAUGCAAUCAUGGUAGAUUCACCAUGUGUUGCAUGCAAAGCUCCACCACAAGUUGUUUGGAAAAUGCUACUAAUACAGAGCAGAUUCACAGCCAGUGUACUCGCUAUUAGUUACCUUUAACGCUAUGAAACCUAACACAAUGUAUGGUAAUAUAUCCAUUAUAGGAGAAUGUACAGUGUGUUUUCAUUAACUGAUUCCUUAAAUAAAGGUUUUGCGUGGUGACUGGACUCAUCACUGCAAGCAAUUGGUCCAUUUGCAUAAGUCCA